CCUCCUCCUCCUGCUCCUCCGCGGGGCUCGGCCGGCUGCGCUCCUCUCUGCUGACCCACCGGCGGGAGCCUGGAGCCGGGCGCGCUCUCGGGGAGCGGCCGGGGGUCGCAGAUGGCGGCGGGGGACGUGGGCGAGCUGCUGGUGCCCUACAUGCCCACGAUCCGGGUGCCCAAGGCCGGCGACCGCGUCUACAAGACCGAGUGCUCCUUCUCCUACGACUCGCCCGAUUCCGAAGGAGGCCUCUAUGUGUGCAUGAACACCUUUCUGGGAUUCGGAAGAGAACAUGUGGAAAGGCACUACCGGAAGACGGGUCAGUGUGUGUACAUGCAUUUGAAGCGGCACAUGAAAGAGAAAGUGAAAGGGGCAUCUGGUGGAACUUUACCAAAAAGGAGAAACACCAAGAUAUUUUUAGACCUAGAAUCCAAUGGUGAUUUAAACAACGAUGAUUAUGAAUUUGAGGAUGAAGCUAAACUUGUCAUAUUUCCAGACCACUUUGAAAUUCCUUUACCCAACAUAGAAGAGUUGCCAGCUUUGGUUACGAUAGCUUGCGACGCAGUCCUCAGUUCGAAAUCUCCUUAUAGGAAGCAAGACCCAGAUUCGUGGGAAGAGGAGCUGCAAGUCUCCAAACAUGCCAACACUCUUGUGCAGAUGGACAAUGGAGUCAGGAUUCCUCCCAGUGGCUGGAAAUGCUCAAAAUGCGACCUGCGGGAGAAUCUUUGGCUGAAUCUCACAGAUGGGUCAGUACUGUGCGGAAAGUGGUUCUUUUACGGCAGUGGAGGAAAUGGACAUGCGCUGGAACACUAUAAGGAGAUGGGUUAUCCCUUAGCAGUGAAGCUUGGAACAAUUACUCCCGAUGGUGCAGAUGUCUAUUCCUUUGAUGAAGAGGAGGCGGUUUUGGACCCACACAUAGCCAAACACUUAGCACAUUUUGGCAUUGAUAUGCUCCAAAUGCAUGUAACGGAGAAUGGCUCUAGAGAUAACGACAUCAAACCCAGAGUCUCUGAAUGGGAAGUGAUCCAAGAGUCUGGCAUGAAGCUAAAGCCAAUGUAUGGUCCAGGAUACACGGGCAUGAAAAACCUGGGCAACAGCUGCUAUGUCAACACUGUCCUACAAGCCAUUUUCAGCAUCCCUGAAUUUCAGAGAGCGUACGUGGGAAACCUUCCAAGAAUAUUUGACUACUCCCCUCUAGACCCAACACAAGAUUUCAACACACAAAUGGCUAAAUUGGGACAUGGCCUCCUUUCAGGCCAAUACUCUAAACCACCUACGAAAUCUGACCUCAUUGAACAGGUGAUGAAAGAAGAACACAAGCCUCAGCACAAUGGCAUCUCUCCUCGCAUGUUCAAAGCUUUCGUAAGCAAAGGGCACCCUGAAUUCUCCUCCAAUCGGCAGCAAGAUGCACAGGAGUUUCUCCUGCACCUUAUACAUCUCAUAGAGAGGAACCCUAUUGGUUCAGAAAACCCGACCGAUGUCUUCCGGUUCUUGGUGGAAGAACGUACACAGUGCUGCCAGUCCAGGAAAGUCCGAUAUACCGAGAGGGUGGACUAUCUCAUGCAGUUGCCUGUAGCAAUGGAAGCUGCAGUGAACAAAGAUGAACUGAUUGCUUACGAAUUGAAGAGGAGAGAAGCUGAAACUGCAAGGAGGCCCCUGCCGGAGCUUGUACGUGCCAAAAUCCCUUUUAGUGCCUGUUUGCAGGCCUUUUCAGAACCAGAUAAUGUAGAAGACUUCUGGAGCAGUGCCCUUCAAGCCAAGUCUGCUGGAGUUAAAACCUCUCGCUUUGCCUCAUUUCCCGAGUACCUGGUAGUACAGAUAAAGAAGUUCACUUUUGGCUUGGAUUGGAUACCUAAGAAGCUUGAUGUUUCCAUAGACAUGCCAGAUCUUCUGGACAUCAGCCACCUCCGUGCCACAGGCCUCCAACCAGGAGAGGAGGAGCUCCCAGAUAUCUCUCCACCCAUUAUCAUUCCUGAUGACCCCAAAGGUACUGCCUGCUACCACGAGGAUCUCUACUCCCCCACCAUUCUCCACCACAACUAUGGCAUGACGAACCAUUUCAUGGAGCCUCCAGAUAUUGAUGAAUCCUCAGUGAUGCAGCUAGCCGAGAUGGGUUUUCCACUGGAAGCAUGCCGUAAGGCUGUCUACUAUACAGGCAACAUGGGUGCUGAGGUGGCUUUCAACUGGAUCAUUGCCCACAUGGAAGAACCAGAUUUUGCAGAGCCCUUAGCCAUCCCUGGUUACGGAGGAGCCACUUUUCCUGCGGCAGGUGGAGCAGCAGUUGUUGGGCUGGAUAACCAGCCCCCAGAAGAAAUGGUUGCCAUCAUUACCUCUAUGGGCUUUCAGCGGAAUAUAGCUUUCCACGCGCUACGGGCAACAAAUAAUAACCUGGAGCAUGCAUUAGACUGGAUCUUCAGUCACCCAGAGCCAGAGGAGGAGAACGAAACGACUUCUGAAACCAUGGACCUAGAGAACCAUGUGAAUGCCAACAUCCUUGCAGAAUCUGAUCCAGAAGGACCCAGGAUCAAAGACGGCUCUGGGCGAUAUGAACUUUUUGGGUUCAUCAGUCACAUGGGAACAUCUACAAUGAGUGGCCAUUAUGUUUGUCAUCUCAAAAAGGAGGGAAGGUGGGUGAUCUACAAUGACCUCAAAGUCUGUGCCUCGGAGCGACCACCCAGGGAGUUGGGGUAUAUUUACUUUUACCGCAGGAUACCAAGUUAGGCCUUAGUAAACGCCCCUUGGCCUUAAGAAGCCAUAAGCCUUUUUAUUCUGCCAAAAAGUCGUUUUAAACAAGCAAAGCCUUUGGACUGCCAAAAGGAGCAAAAAGGAAAACAUUUGGGUACUAUUUAUAGCUUAAAAUCAGGAUCAGUCAUUUGAUGCCUUCUUAACACUGUAGUGGAGGAAUUUCUGUUGGGUCACAGCGCGUUCUAGGAUUUUGGAAAAAAAAUAUGUAUACACUUUGUGGCGACCUCAAGGCUGUUCUGAUCACUAGCCGAGAUUGCAGCAAGCAACUGGAGAACACGAGACUGCUCUCAAACUCUGAAACACCCACCUUCUUACCUCGCAAGUCAGUUUCGACCCUCAGCAACUGUUAUGGAAUCAGUGAUGGUAGCCAAGCCACUGCCUUUGACUGGAGAGUUUACCACCACCCUGAAGGGAAUGUUUGGUGGAAGAUCUGUUUGCCAGCCUGAAAAAGUGGCUUAGUUGUGAUCUCUGGUUAGAUUUCCUUUUUUCCUUUUCCUUUUUUGAAUAGCACUGUGUUAUUCCAGGAUGUAACGGCCCAGAAUAUGUUGCAGAUGUCAGCGUGUGAAAUCAAGGUUAAUAACUGCAGCCAAGGGAGCUUGCAGUUUGGCCAAACAAACAAAAAAUUCUGGGUGUUCAUUUUUUUGUUUUAAACAAACGGUGCUUUGGGUGGCUUCAAAACAUACCUUCCUUUUCUAUGCAUUGACCUAGCAAUUGCUGAUGGUUUGAGAACUCGCUUUAUAAGAAAGGGCUCAUUUCACCCAUUUCAGUGGAUCGGUAUGCACAUUUGUGUCUGUGCGUGAGUCUGCUUCUCCCAUUGUGAGAUAAAUGCUCACACAUGCAAAAGCUCUGUGUAGUCCUCAGGGUUCGUGUAGGGCUGUGGAUCAGCAAACUGCAGCUUGGCUGUUCUUCCUCCUCGGUUAUUCAUGCUUUUGCAUAUACUGUAAAGGGAAUCCACUCCAUGGGUCCCCAUGACAAGUAUUCCCAUCCUGCUUCGUAACGUUUACAAGGGCUCACCUUGUGACUAGCUCUUGCCCCACCUUCUUCCCCUUCCACGGCAACCAAAGGAACUAGAGUUGCUAGGACGACAGGAUGGGGGAGAGUCACAUGGUGAGGACAUGCAGAUGUUUGUGGAUCGGUUGGGAAUCCUUUACCACAGAAGAAGACCUCAUCAGGGUCGUAAAAUGUACUGGACCCGAAGUCAGUCUGCUUUGAUUUUCCUUCCACUUUUAUGCCGCUUUAGUAUUUCCCACAAAAAUAUUUUAAAGAUAGGGACCCUUUAUGGAGAAGCUAAAAUAUAUAACUUUCCCUGGCAAUGACGCUCCCUAGAGGAACCGUGUCUAGCAAAUAUGCAGACAGUCCUUUUCCUCUGGCAUAGCUUGUUUAAUUAUUUAAAAUUUCUUCCCAUGAAAUAGCCUGCUGAUGGAUUGAUUUUUUUUCCAUUUAAAAACCAUCAUAUUGACUUGUCAGCAGUUUGCAAAGGAGCCAAGUAUCCCUUUCUAACAAACCUCCCCACUGCCUCCAAUGUCUUCUUUUCAGUUUCACACUAUUUUCACUGUGCUAUUUUAUGGCUUUACAAGCGUAAAAGGGGUGUGUGUGUGUAUUUUUGUUUGUUUGUUUCAAUUCAUUGUGUGAACUCAUGGGCCUGGUAAGUUCUUUUUUAUUACUUUUUUUGCCUUUGUUGAACUACUGGGUUGUUAGGGAAUUUGCAAUGGCAAAUAAAGUGGUGCCUACUGAUUUGGGUCAAGCAAAUGCAGCUGUUACCAUAGAAAACAGCAGACAAACCUGUAUCAAGUAUAAAUCUUCAGUAAAUGACAUACUACUUGUGCAGAAGUUCAGGAGACAUUACAGUGUGUGUGUGUUUGUGUGUGCGUGUGUAUAUACAUGCACAUACACAGAGUUUCUUUAUGGAAAGAUCAGUGUUGCGGCUAUUUAUGCUUGGAGCCAGCAUCAUUUGAGGCACUAGUGAUGCAGCUUAAGACCUUGUAUGUCAGGUUAGAUUCUACAAAUCAACAGCCACAAAAGGCAGAAAGAGGCUUUCGAGCCCAGCAACACUGCGAGUGGUGAAUCCAAAGCCUCUAUCUUGGGGUCUAUUCUACCAUCACCACUUUGCUUUAUUUACAGCACUGCUACAGGCAUGUUAGAAUGCUGAUCUGUCUCGCAACCUAGUCCCAGGCUACCUUCAAUUACAGCUUCUCAAGUCACUAUGAAUGUACCACAAAAUUUGCUGGCUGAUCUGCUGUUAUUUGCUGU